CAAAACUCUUUGAGAGAGGGUCUCCUACCUUCAUAUAUUAUUAUUAUUAUUAUUAUUAUUAUUAUUAUUCUUAUUAUUAUUAUUAUUAUUAUUAUUAUUGUUAUUAUUAUUAUUAUUAAUUAUUAUUAUUAUUAUUAUUAAUAUUUCAUUGCAGCUUCAGAAAUCAGGACCACUUCAAGGGGCAAUUCCACCACCUUUCCUCUACCAGAGGAGGAAAACGUUGUGGUUGCAAUCUUGAUGGAAAGCACACCUAACGUGACAUAUCUCAACUACAGAUUCUAUGUCUAUGGAAGAGAAAUACACACAGAGAAGUUGAAUUACGCAAACACUACAUCACAGUGGAAGCCUCUCCUCUUUAUAUCCAAAGAGGAUAUAACGAGCCCAUAUCUACCACAAUUCUGGAUCCCAACAGAGAACCGAGAGCUAAAAGGACAAGUGGAAGUGUCAAGUUCUCAUCCUGUGAAGUGGCAGGUUCUCAGUCUGCCCCUGAACGAUUUUAAAUAAUAUGACUGAGAUAUCUCCUGAUCAAGGAUCGUCUCUCAAACUUCCUGAACAUAAUCAUGUAUGGAUAGCCCUUUGGAACAAGAACAAAACUGAUAUUGAAGUUCGUUUCUCUUUUAUUCAGGAAUAUCCAGGGUCAUCUAACCAUUUUGAAUUAACUGACAAUGAAGGCUGGUGGAUUUUGUCUAUAUCUACAGACAUCAUCUUUUAUGGAAAUAGAAGGCAGUAUCAUUGGGUCACUCAACCACAGGGACGCAACUUGAGGAUAUUGACGAAUCACCAACUAAACCUUCAAGAGUUCCCGAUGCCCUUAGAGCCACAAGAAACAAGCAAACUUCCUGCCAUAACGACAGGAAAGUAUACAGGAACAACUACAAUCAAACCUCAAGUUCCUCCUACAGGAAAUUCUCCGGUCAAACCAGAAGAUUCACCUACAGGCACACCUGUAAGCACACUAAUCAUCAUCUGUGUCGUGGUGGCAGUGUUGGUUGUAGCAGCUGUGUCUUUCCUUUGCUACAGGUGUUGCUUCAGGAAGGAAAACGACACAAGAGCUGAAGGUAAGACUCCCUGA